AUGGACUUUCAUUAGUAGGACAGCGAUUUAUUAACAUCAAAACCAACCAAUCAAAUGGCAUAAGAAUUGGUUUCUUAAGGUUUAGGUGCACAAGAACAAAGUGAUUGUAGCUACUCUUCAUAGCAUUCUUGUUCUGUAAUUAAUGCAAACUUAAUUUUGAUAGAGUGAACACAAUAGUAACAGGAACAUCAAUUUAAAUAAGAGUUCAUUUAAGAAAGUUAGUAAAAGCACUUUGGAUCUAUAGAACUUAACAAGCAAACAUUCAUAUAUUUGUGCGUAGUAUAAUUUCCUCGGUAAAUGCUAUUAAGAACACUGCAAGUAUUCUUUUUAAAAAAUAACUUUUAGGAAAAGACAUGUUUUGAUUUCAGAAAAAGACGGAUUAAGUGAACUCAUAUCAGAUAACAUUGAUCUCAUAGAUAGACUCACUAAUAGUGGAAAGAAACUCAAAUUAUCUCAAUCUACAUAUAGAACCCAACUAUCUAAAUAUAGGAAAUGCAAAUCUAAUAAUAAGGAAAUUUCUGAAAAAUUAGAAUUGAAAUUUGCAGAUUAAGAAUAAAUCACAUUUGGGGAUUUUCCUUUAGGAAAAUUGUGGAAUUUGAAUGAUUUGUAAUUCUAAGCAAAUCAAAUUCAAUCUUAACCAGAUCUCAAUACUAAUUCACAAAUAACAUCUAUCAAUAGUUUGAUUAAACCAAAACCAUUGGUGGAUUAUAAAUAAGCAUCAGAUAUAUUAGAGAAUUCUACAUCUCCUUUAAAUGUUUCUUGUGAAAUCAAAAAAAACCUCAUGUCUAAACUCAAAUCAGACAUUGACAAAAUGCAACAAAAAAUUAAAAUUAUCACAAUGUUAAAAAAAUGGAUAAAUAAUCAAUAGGUUGAUUUCAAUGAAUACAUAGCUUUGCAUUCCUCCCUCUCAUAAAUACAAUAAAUACAUUAUUCUAAUUUCCUAAGAAUUACUAAUAUGACUAUUCCAAGUAAAAUUACUUUUUAAAUUUUAGAUUAAAUGAAUAUGCAUCAAUAAUUUCAAAAUAUCUAAAGUGUUUAAUAAUGA